AUGAAUAUAUUAUCCAGAUUAUCUUAUCUACGAUCAUCAAAGUCUCUUAUAAAAAGGGUACUCAGUACUUCGGCGUCUCCUGUUUCUAGCAUCACACCUGUCUUAAUUGAUCCUCUGCAAUCCCCCGAUUAUUUCGGUCUUCGAGAUAUUAUAUCAGUUGAACAACUCCUCAAAGCUCGUAUACAUUUCGGCCACAAAUCACUUCUUCGCAACCCCUACAUGACCCCUUACCUCUUUGGCACUCGUCAAGGAGUUGAUAUAUUUGACCUUGAGCAGACUGCAGAAUUACUCUUCGAUGCUCUCAAUUUUACAGCUCACAUAGCUUAUCGUGGUGGCAUCAUUCUCUUUAUGAUUCAACAUCAGCAAAUGAUGCACUUGGUGGAAAAGACAGCAAAAAUGGUAGGAGAAUACUCCUAUUGUAGAAAAUGGGGUGGUGGGGUGUUUACCGACUCUUCUAACUUCUACGGAUCAACUACCAGACUCCCUGAUCUCAUAAUUAUGCUCAAUACAGUGAAUCCAAUCGGAUCUAAUCACGUAGCUGUUCGAGAUGCCGCAAAAAUGUUAAUUCCUACAGUUGGUGUUGUGGAUUCGAAUUGUGACCCUCGGCUAGUCACUUAUCCUAUCCCUGGCAAUGAUGACUCUCCGGUUGCAAUUAGAUACUGGUGUGGUAUUUUCGCAGAAGCUAUUUCACAUGCUAAGAGAAGAAAGAGGCGAGAUUCGGCUUUGAAAAAGCAGAUUGCGUCUACAUCGGUUAAUGAUUCACAAAUUGCAAUUUCAUGA